AUGAACCGUCCCAGACCACCAAGCAAUCCCAAGGAAGUGCAAGUGCUUACCGAGAUGUUAGCCGCCCUAAACCGAUUCAUCUCCAAGUUCGCCGAUCGCUGCCAGUCGUUUUAUCAACUUCUGAAGAAAUGGAAGGGGUUUCAUUGGGACGAGGGAUGUGAUGAGGCUUUUCGAGAGCUAAAAGAAUACUUGGCAAGGGUGCCAAGGUUGACGGCCCCGGAGCCUGGGGAGGAUUUGUUUAUGUACCUCUCAGUCACCGACCAUGCCGUAAGUUCUGUGUUACUAAGGGAUCAAGGAGUACAGAUGCCAGUGUAUUACAUAAGCAAAACCUUGGUAGAUGCCGAGACGAGGUACCUGCCCCUGGAGAAGUUGGUUUUAGCCCUGGUACAUGCCACUAGGAAGUUGCCACAUUACUUCCAGGCUCAUAUGGUGUUCGUCCUCACCGAGUAUCCAUUACAGUCACUGUUAAAGAGAUCAGACUUCACGGGCCGAAUUGCCAAAUGGGGGACUCAGUUGGGAUCGUUUGACAUAAGGUACCGACCGAGAAGCUCGGUGAAGGGACAGGUUCUUGCAGAUUUCAUCGUAGAAUUCACACCCAAGAACGACGGCAAGGUAGUCUGUAAUGCAGAAAUUCGUCUGUUGAAGGUAUUUGUGGACGGUGCUUCAAAUGCUAUGGGGGUCGGGGCUGGUAUUGUCAUAAUCACCCCGGAGGGCAUACCAUUGGAACAUUCCUUUAGAUUGGGAUUCAAAGCCUCAAACAACGAAGCCGAGUAUGAGGCCCUACUGGCCGGUUUGAGGGCCAUAUUGCAUCUAGGUGCAAAAGAUGUUGAGAUUUAUUCAGACUCUCGGCUGGUAGGUCGGUCACAAAACAAACACGCCGACUCACUUGCCACGUUAGCUUCAUCGGCUACCGAGGAUACGCCAUGGCUAGUCACAAUAGAGCUUAUAAGGGAGCCAAGCAUCAGUGUGAAGAGUGUUCACGACCAAGCCAGAGUGGAGGUUGCCAAGGUAGCGGUGGCCAAGCCGUGCUGGAUGAACCCGAUCAUAGAUUUCCUUGCCGAGGAUAAAGUUCCGAAUGAUGAAGACGAGGCCAAAAAGAUUCAUCGGGUAGCUCCCCAGUACUGGUUGUCGUCGGAUCACAAACUGUACCAAAGGUCCUUCGCAGGCCCUUACCUUUUAUGCUUACAUCCCGAGAAAGUAAGCGAGCUUCUGACCGAGCUACAUGAAGGAGUGUGUGGUGGCCAUGUUGGGGGACGAUCUUUAGCGCACAGAGCGAUGACCUAG